AUGGUCUCCAGAAUGGACGAGGACAACCAAGUACCUGAAGAUCUGUCUGUGCUGGAGCGAGAUGAGCUGUCCAACAUACGGCGCAGGAAGAAAGAGCUGCUGGAUGACAUUGAACGGUUGAAGUUCGAGAUCGCGGAGGUGAUGACGGAGAUCGAGCAGCUCACGUGCGUCGGAGAGAGCAAAACCUCUCAGAGAAACAAACAGAUCGCUAUGGGGAGGAAGAAAUUCAACAUGGAUCCCAAAAAGGGAAUCCAGUUCCUUUUGGAGAACGAUCUUCUCCAGAACACCCCAGAAGACAUCGCUCAGUUCCUGUACAAAGGCGAGGGUCUCAACAAAACGGUCAUCGGAGACUAUUUAGGAGAACGGGAGGACUUCAACAUCAAAGUGCUGCUGGCGUUUGUGGAACUACAUGAGUUUGCAGACCUCAACCUUGUCCAAGCAUUAAGACAGUUCCUCUGGAGCUUCAGAUUACCUGGUGAAGCUCAGAAGAUUGACCGCAUGAUGGAGGCCUUUGCCUCCAGGUACUGCCAGUGUAACCCUGGGGUUUUCCAGUCCACAGACACCUGCUACGUCCUGUCAUUUGCCAUCAUUAUGCUGAACACCAGUCUGCACAACCCCAAUGUGAGAGACAAGCCCCCCGUGGAGCGCUUCAUCUCCAUGAACAGGGGGAUCAACGAGGGGGGGGACCUCCCCGAGGAGCUGCUCAGGAAUCUGUACGACAGCAUCAAAAGUGAACCUUUUAAGAUCCCAGAGGAUGAUGGGAAUGACCUGACGCACACAUUUUUCAACCCCGACAGAGAAGGAUGGCUGCUCAAACUCGGGGGCCGGGUGAAAACAUGGAAGCGACGCUGGUUCAUCCUGACUGACAACUGCCUCUAUUACUUUGAAUACACAACGGACAAAGAGCCACGCGGCAUCAUUCCUCUUGAAAACUUAAGCAUCAGGGAAGUGGAGGAGCCCAGAAAACCGAACUGUUUUGAGCUGUACAAUCCCAAUCAUAAAGGCCAGGUGAUCAAAGCGUGCAAGACGGAGGCAGACGGACGCGUCGUGGAGGGGAACCACGUGGUCUACAGGAUCUCAGCGCCAACGCCGGAGGAAAAAGAAGAGUGGAUCAAGUCUAUAAAGGCCAGCAUCAGCAGAGACCCCUUCUACGACAUGUUGGCCACCAGGAAAAGGCGCGUCGCAAACAAAAAGUGA